UACGGCCCUGGCUAAUCUUUCUCUUGCUGAAUUGCUUGUGCAAACAGAAACUUUUGCCCUGUGAUUCACCCACAUGCUGGCCACUUGUGCACAGCUGAGAGCAAGGAAGAGGACGAUGGGCUGCCUGGGGACCUUGCUGCUGCUCUGCCUCCCCUCCCUCCUUCAGGUGGCCAGCUCCAGCGAGGACCACAUCUCCCUGAGCGUCCACGCACUGAACGUGCUCACUGGCCUUCCUGCCACCGGCCUGACCGUGUGCCUCUCGCAGGUCCUGGCUCCCAGCUCCCAGCUCCCAGACCACAACCAGACGUGGAUGGACCUAAUGACAAGCAACACCAGCACCGACGGGCGCAUGGACAAGAGUGAGCUGGCCUCCCUGCGGCUGGAGCCUGGCACCUACAGGUUGCGCUUUGCCACAGGAGCGUACUGGCUGCAACAGGGCCGCACCAGCCUAUAUCCUUACGCAGAUGUUGUCUUCAUGGUCACAGCAGCGGAUCUAAAGCUGCACAUCCCCUUGCUGCUCAGCCCCUAUUCCUACAUUACCUACCGGGGGAACUAGCGGAAGAGCCAAGAGGGCUGUUUGGAGAGUCUUCGGGAUCCCGGGCACCCCAGAUGGGGUGGCACCCAAGACCAGCCGUGGUGCCAGCUCAAGACUAAUUUCUUUAGUUUUAUCACGACUAAUAAACAAUCUACCUUGCAAGGUU